ACCAAAUCAAAACAAAGUGUAAUUUUUAUCUUCAGAGUUUCCGCCGUUUUAGUUUCGGGUUUGCAGUUUUUUUUAUUGGUGCCUUUUUGUGCGUCAUUUAAUUUAUUAUGGAAGAAGUACCGGCAAGUCCGGAGUUGGUGAAAAAACGGAAAUCACGUCGAAAAGGAUUACUUUUCAAACAACGAACGUCUUUGUCUCUGAACCGCGGCCGACCAUCCGAAGUGCAGCAUCAAGAUUCGCUUAUUGACGAUGCACCCGAUGUGACCGAAAAAGAAGAACGUUUCAAGGAGACGGUGGUAGAACCAGAACCUCCACCAGAAAAUAAUAUGUUGUACUUCGAUGUUGAUACGGAGAACAUUAUGCUGGCCUUUGAGGAUCCGUUGGUCUCGGCUGUUCUCCUGGAGAAGGGAAAUCAAGUUGAGCACGAGAGUACACAGCCUUCAAAUGAUUUUCUGGCCAAUGUUAAGAAUCGAUUCGUUAAAGUAGACGAAGUAAUCGAAUUGAAAGUGGAGCCUACGGAAACCGUUUCGGCUCCAAGCAAAUUACCCAUUGCGUCGACUAGUAAAAAGGCAAAUUAUAGCUACACUCAGUUUGAUCUAGACACUCAGAUGUUGGGAAUCUGCGAAGCAGCUGAUAUAAUCGCCGGUUUGAACACCAAUCCGGAACAUGAACUGAAUGACUGGAGUAGCCCUUUGAAGCAGCAAGAGAUUGAAGAAGUGGCAGGACGCAUUAAAAAUGAACCAAAGUCCCAAGUUCUACUGGAAAUUCCGCUCCGAGAAGCACGACGAAAAGAUCGAUGGAGUAAUGUCAGGCAGUCAUCAUUCUCAAGGUGUUCGAUAGCAGUUCAACGGUGUCAAACUCCUCCUUCGACUAGUAUGGAUAUGAAAAGUUUUAUAACAGUGGAUUUCAGCGACGAGUCGGAUAACGAAUUGACUGUGGAUUUUUCCAAAAUUAAAUCGUCUCAACUUAGGAAACGUUUGGAAAAAAUUCAAAACUAUAUUGAUAGUCCGCCCCAGGUCGUUCGUAGGACAUCCCUACGAAAAACGUUUUCCAAGAAAAGGCCUGAAAGCAGCCCUCGCACGCCGGUCGUGGUUCGAAGGCUAAGUUAUGAAAGUACAAAUUCUGAGCAAAUUGACGAUAUCGAAUUGCAACCGAUUCAUGUAUCGUCGGAAGGGGAAGAGGAAAUGGAUUGCUUCGAUGGAACCCAAAAAAAUUAUGCACCUCAAGAACCAGCUGCAGUCAGUUCUAGUCCUGGAGGGGACAACUUCGACUCUAGUCUUCUCAUCAAAGCAAAUAUCGAUCAGCUUUCUCAGUUUUUCUUGCAAUCCGAUAAUAAGCCUAAAUCUGAUUCUGAAUCUCUAAACAAAGAACCGCCGUUUUUCGGGUUUCCAUCGCACCCAACAAGUCCGAUUUCAUUGCCUUCGGAUCCGGGUGGCUCACCGAAAAUCCUUAACAUAGCUUGGCUCUUUCGAAAUGAUUCCGAAACCGAGAGCGAGGAAGGCCUGGAAGUAGAUAGCCGACCCGAGGAGAAUAUAAACUGCCUGCUGGACGACGAUGACGAUUUAUGGGAGCAGAUACAUCCGUUGCAGAAAAGCGACAAACAGAUAGAAGCACCUAGUCCGGAAUCAGAACAAAAAAUCGAAACUUUAUUGACUGACGUGGAGUUCGUAAAACCCUUACCAAAGGACAGUAAAGCUUACCACAGGGAACCUACCGAAGCAGUUGCUGGCUGCAACCCUGCGUUGUCAUCUUUUGAAGGAUUUCAAUCGGCUAGUGGUUUCAGAGUGCAGAUAUCUGAAAAAGCUCUUGCAAAAGCUCGUGAUAUGUGGGAUGAUGAAGAUAGAAAAAUCGAUGGAGAUAAAGUUUCGUCAAACACUGCAAACUACAGGGCAUGCGCAGGAUCAAUUCUUCCUUUGAAGGAACCAUCCUUCGGUGGAUUCUGUACUGCGGGUGGAAGUAAGGUGCGUAUUUCUGAAGAAGCUUUAGCUAAAGCCGAAAAUAUGUGGAAAGAGGAUGAAAAGGAUUAUGGAUUCGAAGUACCGCACAAAACCAAUACAAGAAAUUCAGAUUGGUCGAACCCGAAGACCAAAGCCGAUGAACAGGAAACAGCGGGGCAAUCAUUCGGCGGUUUUCAAACUGCUGGAGGAAGUCGCGUUCAAAUUUCCGAGAAAGCUUUAGCAAAAGCACAAUUAAUUGUCCACCAAAUCGAAGACGAAAUGAAAACCGAAAAUGCGCUUUUGGAUAAUAGGCAAGAUGAAUUUUCUGGAUUCCAAACAGCUCGUGGCAGCACUGUGACGGUAUCAGACAAAGCGUUAUUCAAAGCGGAAUCUAUUCUACGACAGGUGGAGUUUGAAGUUGAUCAUGAAUUUGGGGCUGAAGCAGCACGUGGUGUUAAUGGCCUACGUACAACAUGUGGGGAAUCGAAGAAACUUGAAACUACAAAGGAAAAAAGUAAUGCAAUGACUCUGGAAGUUGAAACUGAAUUGAAUAAUAUUCCAGAAUGCCAAUCUGCUAAAAGACUUCGUAAUGAGGAUGGUGGUGAGACAGAAACGCCUUUAAAAAAAUUCAAACUAGCGUCUAGCGACGAAAAAUUUGCUAAAUUUUCAACGAGCACACCAAACAUUCACUGUAAAGCAGUUCCAAAACAAAAUCAAGACGGCAAACAUGAUCUCGACCAUUUCUUCGGAGAUUUAGAUGAUCAUGAUUUUCAGCGCUUGUUCUGCGGAGCAGAAGCAAUCGCUGCAAGUAACCGUAGGAUACGUCCUGUGAAGCAAGUACGGCUAGCGAGCCGUUUCGAACAAUGUAAUGAAGUGAGUGCAGAGGAGCAUCAGAUAUCUGGUGGAGCACUUUGGGACGAUAGCUUCGGGGAUAUCGUUGCCAAAUUAAACUCCGACGAAGGAUUGAAGGCAAGUGAACAGAUAGUGGAAGCCAGAAAGCUAGCCAGGCAUCGCCAGCAAUGUUAUAUAGAAAGUAAACCUGAAGCCGAUCGGAAACCGAGGCUGAACGAGUUUAUUAGGAAGAAACAAAUGAGCAGGAGGAAAACGCUUCGUCAGUUUAUGGACAACAUCCAGAUUUUGCCAAAUUCUGGUGACAUUCAGAAGGAUUUACCAGACGUGAACGCCGAUAAUGCGAUGGACUUCAAGUUUGACAUGGUGCAAUUGUACGGAAAAGCUGAAUGUCUCGAAAACGCGGACGGUGUUUUACUCGGAGAUCCAGGCGCUACAACUAGUUUAAUUUUUAAUGAUCGAUGCCAAGUAGGUUUUCCCGAACUUAAGUCAGCCUUUUUGGCAUCUCCCGGUGUUGACCCCGCAUUGCUUCCCCGUGGAUGGAUCGAAAACAGCUGGGUGUGGAUUCUGAUGAAACUGACAUCGAUGCAACGUAGAUUUCCGGAUAUUUUCCAAUCACUUACAACGCCAGGAAAUGUGUUCAAUCAACUUAUGUAUCGAUACCACUUUGAAAUUGAUAAUGCCAAACGAUCUGUGAUAAGAAAAAUGUUAGAAAAGGACGACGUUUCGAGUAAAAGAAUGGUUCUAUUUGCAUCACGAAUAUUCAGAGGAUCGGACCCGUUCGAAGUUGAGAUCGAACUGUGCGACGGCUGGUAUCCCAUUAGAACAGUAUUAGAUUUUCCACUCUCGAAAGCCGUGCUUGACGGCAAAAUAGCCAUCGGAACUAAAUUAAUGAUUCAGGGAGCAGAAUUGAUGAAUCUCAGCGAAGGAUGCUCUCCAUUGGAAAUACCAGUCGAUGUGAGAUUGAAAAUCCACGCCAAUUCGACUAGGAGAACGAAAUGGGAUACCCGACUUGGAUUGUAUAAGGUCCCAUCGAGUUUUGUAAUAUCAUGUAACACUGUUCUGGACCGUGGUGGACUCGUCGUUUGUUUAAAUGUUAUGAUACUUCGAGUGUAUCCAUUGAUGUUCGUUGAUAAGACUAAGAGGGACGCUCUAGGGUCAGUCUUGCGUUCAGAACGAGUGGAGAGGCGCAGAGCAUUCGAAAACGACAGCAAUCGCUUUGAGAACAUCCAGGCACUUUUUAGUCAAGUACAGAAGGAAGUUAACGCAGAGAAAGUUCUAACGAAUGGAAGUAGUCUAAUCCACAAGCUGACGCAUGCUACGAGCACCGGUGAAUUGAUGGAACUGGUUAAAGCCGGUUUGGAUUUAUCUUGCAUCGAGAUAGAACUCAGUAGUACCCAACGGGAUGCUAUAAUGGAUUACCAGCGGCGUAAGCAGGAAGAAUGUCUUGAGGAAAUUAAUCGCCGCGUAAAGGAACGUAUGAGUAGUCAAAGCAGCAAACGCAAAGUAAGCUCAUUGCUAAAGUUACGCAUAGCCGAUGCACGGAAGCCCGAAGAAGUGCUUCUUUUGUCUAUAUGGAGACCACCGGAAGAUUGUGAUUUGUUUCAAGAGCAAAAAAUACUAGAAAUAAUCAAUGCUACUGCCAAUGGAACAAGGAACGGUGAAGUGCAAUUAACUGCAGGAAAAAAUAGUUCUUUUAGGCCUUUGAACAUUCAGCGAGAUGAAGUUCCAGUGCAACUAUUGAGGACCCUCACAAAAAUAGUCGAUAUAGAAUACUCGAGCUUCCGUCCAAUUUUCAAUGAAUUUGAUACCAUAGGCAUUGUCGUCCAAGUUGGACUUUUAGAAAACAGAAAAUUCCAAACUGUGUACUUAACAGAUUUGAGAAUGAAUUUUCUUUGUGUGAACUUUUGGUCUGGUAUCAAAGAAUACGCAUAUGAGGAUGUUGUCAAGGAACGAGCUGUACUCUGCAUAUCAAAUCUGCAGUGGCGUACGGUCAACGCGCUCAAUGCAGUUCCAACUGCUUUCGCAACUGAGUAUACUACCUUUAGUGAACAUUCGAAGUCUAGGCAUUUUGUUGAAGAGUUUCAACAAGUACACGCAACCAUGAAAGAUUUAGAUUUAGAAGUGUUUUUCGAAAAGUGUAACUCUAAAAUCGCAGAACUCAAUGAUAGGAAACUUUCACGUGCCAACAGCUUUAGUACGCCAUUACGCUACGCUUCCGCAACCACUCCCAUGCGAUCGGUUUUGGGCAGUGUGAAUGUGAAUGGCCCAGCCACACCGACUGAUUUUUCCCCGGGCGUCGGACAACCCGUUAGCCUCCAGAAAAGAAAACUGGAACAGUUGGCAGCGUACAAAAGUCCACCGAAGCUAAGCCCAAUUAUCAUGCGAUACAAUGCUCGAGUACGAAAAAAUUUCAAGAUUCCAGCAAAGCUGGAGGACCGCAUAGAUCAGGUUGAAAAAGAUGAUUCUGUUUGUUGAGAAAUAUAUUGCUAUCAAUUGCACAAGUUCUAUUAUAACAAACAUACAAUUUUAUAUAUUAAAAUUAUGUUGCCCAGUGUCUUGGUUGUUUUUCCAUAA